UCCUGUUACUGUAUCUAUACAGUGACUACUGCGCCCGUAAACCAGUUCAUUUAAGCGAAUGUGAGCGUCAGUGCACAUUUCCAUAGAAUCUGGCUGUUGCAUCCUGCCCUUGGGACUGAGUCCAGCUCUCACACGGGGGGAGGGUGUGUGUGCCAGGGAAGUCUGUCGGGCAAGACACGGCGGAGAAAACCAAAGAGAAUAUUUGAGGAAGUCACACAGCCUUCACGGGCUUUUGAAGAUGUAUUUGCUCUGUAUAAAAGUAAAGCGAGCACGACUUCAUGGGCCCCCUGAUAAAUUUAAUGUGUAUGUGAUCAUGAAAGUCCAGAAUUUGAAGAGCACCACACCAGCCCGAAGAGGUAAUGAACCAUUGUGGGAGCAAGACUACAUGUUUGAAAUCAAAGAUAUAGAUAAGGGUCUCUGUGUGGAGGUGUGGGACAAAGGGUUGCUGUUGGACACACUCCUGGGGUCAUCGUGGGUCCCAUUGAGCAGUAUGGAAUGCAGAACAGAGGGUGGGCCAGGACAAUGGUGGCCUUUACAUGGAGACAUUGUCAUGGAGGGAAAUGAAAUUUGUGGCGCCAAAAAUCCCACUGGACAUGAGAUCCUGUUAGACAUCUACUAUGAACUUCCAACAGAAAUCCCAGAUGAAGAAGCUCAUUUUCUAAUACAAAGGCUUAAAGCUUUAUACAUAGAGCAAGGUGAACUUAAGGAAUCUGAGGAGGAGCAAGACUGCACCAAAGACACCGAUGACAAUGGAGAUGCCACUGGGGACACCGCUUUAUGUUCCCCCAUUGCGGAUGCCUGGGAGCAGCAGGGCAGUGAGUACUGCAGGGAAUACAGCCCCACGUCCCCCUGUGCGGUGGGCCUCCCCGGGCACAGUCCUCACCGCACAGAGUCACCCAUGCUGGGGCACAGUCCCCACCGCACAGAGUCACCCAUGCUGGGGCCAGUCAGCGCAGACAGCAGCAGCAGGAGCCUGGAGCAUGUCGACCUGGCCGUCAGCCACAGGAGUGAAGCGGAGGCCUGCUCUACCAGCAGCUGGGCACCCAGCUCACACCUGUCUCCAGAGAGUCUGGUUCCUCUCGACCUGACAGACAGGUGAGCUCACGCCACUCUCCGGAGAGCCCGCCCCUCCCAGCUGAUGGACAGGUGAGCUCACGACUCUCUUCAGAGAGCC